AUGGAUUUUGAAAAUAAUCCACUAGAUGUCAUUACUUUCCCGAACGCAACAAAUUACGCCGGUGGCGGAGGUGGCGAUUGCUAUAAAGAGCUGGAAGAAAAUGGGAAGAUGGAUGUGUUACAGUGGAGUACUGCCAUGCUCGGUGCAACUGCCUUUGUUUUAUUCUCCAAGGUGACACUUCUUCUCAACCCGAUAAUGGGAAAACCCUGGUACACUGACCUUAUGACUUAUUUAAUUGCGCUGGCUAUGGGAACGAUGCUCUGUGUCACCGUUUUCCAACUUAUACCGGAAUCACUCGACUUGAUGGCCGAAAAGAAGUAUCCGAUCAAAUGCGGGGACUACAAAAAUGUCCAGAAAACGCUCUUCUAUGAUCACAAAUCCGUCAUUGUUGAUGAUUGCGAUCAGGUCUGUCCUGGCAGCCCUGGUGGGAGAGCUGGAGGCAACUUGGAAGACAAAUUCUGCACGCUGACGAUUGGUGGGACGCAGCAAUUUAUACCAGUCGUCUGCGUUCUGUAUUUAUGCACGAUUAUCUUCUACGAUCUCCAAAAGUUCCUCCAAAUCGCAUUUUCCAACGAAGAUGGCACCCACCUCGCCGAGCUCGACAACCCGGAGGACAUGCUUGAAGAUAACGACGAAGACAUUCUGAUCCAGAUGCGCAAGUAUGGCAACCGACAGCAGUCCAUAUCCGUCGCCGCGAAAAUGGCUAACAUCCCAACCGCCUUCUCUGUCGACAAAAUCGACGGGGGCGGCAGUGAUAUUCCGACAACAAGAAAGCGCGUUCCUUCCCAAGCAAAUAUCCUCCUAGCUCAGCGUCGAGCAUCUCAGGCAUUCCGAAAAGCAUCGAUUUACCAGGCAAACUUGAAGUAUCUGGCAGACCAGUCAAAUCUACAGCUGCAGAAUCAAAAUCAGAAUGAUGGACAGCUUGUAAAUGGGACGAUCACGGAGGAAAAUGUCACGGAAGUCGAUGUCGAUAAAUACGUAUCGAUUGAAAACGAAAAAACGCCCAAGAAAUCGAAAGUAAAGUUUGGCGCGGUUACGGAAAUUGAAAACGAGGGCUUUUCAUCUGAUGGCGAAACAUCUGGUGACGAAAAGAAGAGUGAUGCGAAAAGCAAGGACGAAUCGACGAGCGGUGAUGGAGAUUUCGAAAAGGAUGGAGAACACUACGCGAAAUUGAAGCAGCGCCGUAAUACUGGAGUUCCUCUUGUCAAUUUGCCUGUCGAAGAUGACGACGAAAAAACGAGUGGGUCGAGCAAAUCGGAGAAAAAAUCGUCACAUGACUCGCAUCACGGCAAGCAAGAGUGGCACAAGGUCGAUAUGGUCGCGUGGAUUCUACUGCUUUGCAUCUCGAUCGAGUGUCUUAUCGAGGGAAUAGCCUUUGCGCUGACAUUAACAGAUGAGCUGGGCGCGGGAAUUGCGAUUCUGACCGCGAUGAUUAUCAAGCUCAUCCCCCAAAAGCUCGGCGACGCGGUGAUCCUGAGCAAAGCCGGGCUCAACCACUUCUGGGAAAAUCUUUUAUCGCUCGGCGCCGUUUCUUUCGUCUAUGUCGGGGUGAUUCUUGGAAUGCUGCUCAAACCAGCGCUGGAGCAUUCGGAAGAAUAUUUCUUCGGAGCUCUGGCUGGAAUUUUCUUGUACAUUUCGCUCUCCUCCUUGUUUCCAGUUUUGCACGACAUUAUUGACGAUCCAGAAGUGAUUGGCAGCUUUGAUGAUCCAGCAGCACAGGCAAAGGCUUUCAGAAAUCAACAGUUCCGACGACUACUACUCGCCAAUUUCGGCUUUUUCACUGCCAUGGGAUUAAUGGUACCUUUGAUCUGGUUCGAACACGAUCUUCAAGAAGCAAUCACGGAGCUGAUAUGCAAUUCAUUAUGA